UGGUGCAAAUGCGACAUAAGGAGCGGAAAAAUUAUUAAAUGGCUCAAUCGAACACAAGAUACCUUGACUUCAACGAGAAUCUCGUUGGGCUUGAAAUUUCAUUUGAUAAGUUUUAAUUCACCGUUACAUAGAAUUCCGGAAAAAUGCUGAAUACAUACAAAUGCAAAUGGGCUGAAAGCAUACAACAACAAUGCCACGAAACGACAGCGAGUCAAGCUGCAACUGAAAAUUACUUUUAAAAGAAUAUAAAAGUGAGAAUAAAAGCAGCGAAGAAAGCAAACGGAAGACAGCAAGGAAGCGAAGUAGUUAAGUAAACGAAUGCAUUAAGCCAGUUGCACGGUUGUAAACUACAACAACAACUGCUGAAACGCGCUGUUAAAACGCCAAGCGAACGCCGGAAAGCGUGCUAUACAAAUUAAAGAAAGCAGCAAAUGUAAAUUUCGGUUGAAGCGCCAACGAAAAUAAGCCAACAACUCGUGGCAAAGCAAAUAAAACACGCGCGCCACCAACGAUAAUAACCGUAAAGCAAAUAAUGAGGCGCAACGGUAAAAGCGAAAUGCAUGCAUGUGUUCGUGCACCGCGCUUCUAACCUGUAAAACCAGCGAAAUUACACGCUGUUGCACGUACAGCGCGCAUGCAACAGAGUUGAAAUUUAUACUUCAUACGGCACUGCAUUAAACGGCAACAAAAGGAGCAGAAACAACAACAACGACGCUGUCUGCUGUCGCUUGUGGCCCGGAAUACGGCCAAGCGGAUGUGGCAUUGUGCGCCAAAAGCACUGUUAUUACAUUUUUUCGGGCGCGAAUACUGCGCGCUACGUGCAAUUUCACCCGAUUAUUUAACUGUAAACUACAGCAGAGCAUUACUCGAAAGAGUUGGCUACUAAAAUUCCAAAGCUGUAAAAAAUAAAAAUUUUUGUUGUUGCGAAGCAAAUCACAAAAAAUCGAAAAAAAUACUUCUUCACACAGUGCAUCGAAUAUCAGCUUGAAUACAGUUACCUGACACGCUUUCGACUUUUACUGGCGAAAAAAAGGGGCACCUCAUGCAACGUGUUGCACAAACCAAUGGCAUUUUUGUUGCUUUUAUGUAAACACCAGUCAUUAGACUGGCACCAUUCAGCGCACCGCUCGCCACACUGAAACUGUGUGACCCCAUUUGUCGGCGUGUAUUCAAUGCAGAAGCGAGCAAAAUUCACUCAAAUAAAAUUAAUUCUCAAAACUGAGUUAUCAAACUGCACACACACACACUCACAACUGAACUCAAAGGCAAACUAUUUGCAUUUGCCAUUAAAAUAAUUAAAAAUGUGUGCAUUCGUGCGCAGUAAAAUGGCGCUGAGUGUGGUAUAAAUAAUAAAAAAGACUUGAAGUUAUCAGAAAUAACAAAAAAUUGGCUGCAAAGUAGUAAUAAAUUUAAUUUUUUUUGACGGUUGGAAGGUUGAAAAACCGCAUCAUUAGCAGCGAGGUGAAGUGAGUGAGAAAAAAGAUAUAAAUUAUCGCUGAAAAUUCAUAAUAUAUUGCGAGCACAGAGUUAAGCCAUCAAAAUGCUGCCCACCAAUGUAAUGACGUUCAUGAAAAAGAUGGUCGCCACAGAUGAGACGCCAUCCACACAGAAUCAACCCGACACUGGCGGAACUUUUGGAAAGUUGAAGCAGACACUGUCAUCGUCGCUGCUCACGGCGCAGGAUAGAGUGAACAAAAUGUCGCCGCGCCCCUCGUUGGCGCCCACCGAAGACGGCAGCUAUGGCGGUGCGUACCAGCAACAGACCCAGGACGCUUAUGCGGCCAAUCAGAACAAUAACAAUAACAACAAUACGACAGGCGGCAGCACUGCAGCGAACUCAUCGAAAAACGAGCCGGGGCGGCGUGCGGGGGCGUGUCGCGUGUGCUUGAAAUCCUUCAAACCCGACGACUAUCACAAGACAUGCUUCGAGUGUCAGCAACGGGUGUGCGAAGAUUGCGCCAGCUACAGCAAGCUGGAAGAGAAUGAAGAUGCGAAUAUGUGGCGCUGCAGUGUAUGCCGACGAAAGAUGGCCUCACGUGUGUGCAUCCCACAAGACUCAACCGACUCCAUGUUGGAUGUGCCCGUGCUGGAGGCGCUGCAACGACGUCACUCCGAUGCUAAGCUCGGCUCAACACAGACAUUGGCACCGGCAAAUGGUACAGCGUUGGCACCGCCACGCAGCCCCGAAUGUCGUCGGCAUUCCGACGUUUCACCCGCCUCUCUUAAAGAACUCGAAAAGUUGAAGGGGAAUAAAACACCGGGCGGUGAUUUGGACUUUCGAAAGGGUGGACGCAGCAUGGCGCCGAGCCGUUCAUCGAGCCCGCCGCGGCAAUCGGAUCUGGAGCAGCAGCCACCAUUCGGAGCGCCGCUGUCACGUAUGGCAUCACGCCGGGGAUCACGUGUGGCGCGCCAGCACAGCUAUGACGAUGACAUGAACAGUGCGAGUAUGGCAGCAGCGGGAGCGAUCAGUGCAGCCGGCGGUCUAGGCGCGGCAGCGGCUGGUGCAUUGGGCAUGACAGGCGGUGAUCCCGGACUCGGCAUACCAGCGAUGCCAAGAAGGAAAUCCGCAUAUGACGUCUUUGCGCCAAAUCUGCUACAGAGUGCGGCACCUGCGACAACACAAAUUCAACGAUCACCCGGUGAUGGUAUGUCGCCACAGAUUGCACUACCUGGUUCGCGGAGGCCCUCCUUCCGUGUGCCACAUCCUUCCGAGGAUCUGCAAAAUGACGAAUCACCGAGUCCGGAUAAGGGUAGUCCAGUGCUUACAGUGGAUGACGAUAGACGUAUACGUCGACGCGGAUCACAGCUUCCCGAUUUGGCGGCGUUGCAGCAACGCGGUGCAUUACCAACCAAUCUGCCCGCCACCAUACCACCUCCAAUCGCCGCUUUCACCGGUCCCAAUUUGGAAGAUCUUGAGGCACCACGACGUCAAACAUCGAUGGAUGGUGAAGCCAUUAAAAUUGUUAUACACGAUGUAGACUCGGGUCCCAUUUGCUCAUCGAAACGUAGAAUUGUAUUACGCAGAGAUCCCACGGAUAAGGCGCAUCGCACACGUGGCUUUGGUAUGCGUGUGGUUGGCGGCAAAACCGGUGCGGAUGGCCGACUCUUCGCCUAUAUUGUGUGGACGGUGCCAGGCGGGCCAGCCGAGAAGAACGGACUACAGCAAGGCGAUAAGAUACUCGAGUGGAAUGGCAUGUCGUUGAUUGAUCGUAGCUUCGAGGAGGUCUGCUCUAUAAUGGAUCGUACGGGCGACAUUGUCGAACUGCUCGUCGAGCACGCUACCGACUUUCGUAUGUGCGAUCUAUUCGAUGAGAAUCUACCACCGGGCAAUAGUGGCAAUCAAAGCGGUCCACGGCGUUCAGGUGACGGUCCGGUAGGACUGGGCUUAAUAGCGGACCCCGAAACAACCACAGACAAAUCACCGGCAUCGCCGACCAGACGGAAAUUACCCAAAACUCCGGAGCAAAUCGCACGCGAGAAGCAAGUAAGUGGGCGUGUACAGUUACAAGUUUGGUAUAAUGCCGAUCGCAAUGAGUUGGUCGUCUCACUAAUGGCCGCGGAUGAUCUGGCUUUACGUGAUGAAGCCUACGGACAUGGUAAUCUACCGGAGGCAUAUGCUAAAGUGCGCGUUUUACCCAAAUGCGGCGAUGGUUGCGUUCAACAAACCGAAGUCAGUCAUCCCACACAAAAUCCCAUUUGGAAUGCAACGCUCACCUUUCAGCACGUGAAUGCCGACAGCCUCAUGGAUCGCUACAUUGACACACAGUUAUGGGAUCUUGUACCACACACCGAGUCCAUAUUUCUGGGCGAAUGCAGUGUCGAACUGCAGCAGGCCUUUCUCGAUGAUCGUGCCAUCUGGUGUCGACUGGAGGAUCCGAAGGGGCUGCGCGGCAUCAGCAUGUCAAAAUCGCCGAGCGUCUCACCGCGCGGCUCCAUUGCCGCCGGCUGUCCAGGCGGCGAUGUAUCGCGUCUACUGCGACGCGAUUACAAUAUGCAACGUUCCAUAUCGGACGAAGUCGAUUCGAUCGGUGAUGGCACCUCACUGCUACAUCCCGAUACCGCCUGGGUGGCUGGCUCACGGCGUGGUUCUUCGCAGUCGGAGACGCUCGAGGUCGAGGUAUAUCAAUUGGGUAAAGAUUUUUCACGUUCCUUACCCGGUUCGCGGCGCUCCUCGUUUCAAGAUCCAGAUAAAAUACGCGAAGAAGAAGCAAUGCAACCGCCACCAGCUUCCUAUUAUGUGGGCCGGCGUCGUUCGUCAGUGGCACGUCGUGAUCCAGAUGAAAUACUGAAAUCAUUGAAGGCGGUACGUGGUGAGCUUGGACGUGCAAUGAGUUUAGGAACGGAACAGCAAAAACGACCGGGAUCAAGACGCGCUAGUCGUGUGGGCUUGCCGAGCAAUCCGGCCAGUCGCAAGGGCUCCAUACUUGACAUCACCCAGCAGCAGCAACAGCAACAACAGCAACAGUUACAACAACUACAGCAGCAACAUCAACAACACUUGCAGCAGCACCUGCCGGUGGGUAUCGGCAAUGCAGCUACCAGUCCACCCUCGGAUGAUGAAGGCAAGCAGUUCACGCCACGCUGGAAGGGCUCGGGUAGCAAUUUGCGUCCACAGAGCGCCAAACAGGCGCUGUCAAUGUUGAAGCAAGCCUCCUCCGCCACGAAUGUGGCUAUGCAGGGACAGACGGGCAGUGGUAGUCUGCUGAGUGUGGGCACCGACAGCCCCAAGCAGAUGCGGAAGGGUAGCAUGAUUAAUUUGAAGGCGGGCGAAAAUGCACUCGGCCCGACGGCGAUGCUGCAGCGCAAAGGUAGCGUUUACGCGCACACUGCAACGGAACGCGACAUCAGUAGUGUCGGCAGUAGCGGUUCGCCACAGCGGAAGGGCAGUGUUUAUGUCGGCGGUCGAGCGGCUGGCCACGAAGGUGAGUCGCCACUGAUGCGGAAGGGUAGUAUGUAUAGUGUCAGCAGCAACGAAAGCCCGUCCAUGCUGCGCAAGCAGAGUAUCGCACCGCAUCACAUCAGUGCCAAGAACUUGAGUCAUGGCAGUCAUGCCGACAGCAUGAGCAGUUUAACGUCCACGACUGCGACCACAGUCGCCACAGCGGGUAUUGAUACGGACUAUGGGCUCAAAAUGGGACCGGGGCAAAUACAUCCAAAGGGUUACCGCUUAACGACGGUGCGCCAUGGUGAGCUGAAAAUGGCAUUUGCCAAAAUCAAAGGCAUCGUUGAGGUGGAGGUGAUAUGCGCACGCAACAUUGUGCCCGAGGACUGUGAGACACCGCCGGAUACAUAUGUGAAAUGCUACAUCAAGGAUGGCGAUCGGCUGCGGCAUAAGAAGAAGACACGCGUGAUGAGACACUCGUCCGAGCCGUACUACAAGCAGACGCUCAAGUAUCAGAGUGCCGACGUAUUCGGUCGCAACAUAGUCAUUAUGGUGUGGCAACGCUGUGUGGGCUUCGAACACAACCAAGGCUUGGGCGGCACCGAAGUCAAUCUCGACAAGAUAAAUGCCGCACAACGCAUAGGCGGUUGGUAUCCACUCUUUCCGAUGCAUUCUUUGGGCGGCUCCGAUUCGGAUAAUUCUCCUUGACCGAUCACGCACACACAACUACGAAACACCCAAACAAAUACAAUGAACAAUAAAAUCAACACCACAAAUAUGAAUCAUAAUACAAUAAAUACAACAAAACGAAGUAUAAUAAAUACAACAACAAAAACACCAAUAAAACAACUACACUAUAAUAAGCAAAAAACUAUUUAUGAUAAUUAUAAUUCUAAUGGUAAUGGAAGUAAUGAUUACAAUUGUAAUGCUAGUAAUGAUUACAAAGGUAAUGCAAGUAAUGAUUACAAAUUUAAUGCAAGUAAUGAUUGCAAUGGUAUGGAAGUAAUGAUUACAAAUUUAAUGCAAGUAAUGAUUACAAUGGUAAUGGAAGUAAUGAUUACAAAGGUAAUGCAAGUAAUGAUUACAUAAAUUUAUGUAGCGCAAUGGCUCAAUUACAAUUUAUUAGAUUUAAAUUGCAAAUUAUGGCAACUAUGCAAAUAUUACAAUUACAACAAA